UUCAUUGUCGAAGUCGUUACAUCAGUAACACGGGGUCGGUACUGGAAAGCCACUCGGGGGCUUAUAUUAAUAUAGGCUAAAAGGACGCGGUUUAAUCCGGAAUUGUUCGUUGUGUCACCUUUUAAAAAGCCGAGACAGAUACCCCCUAACCCUGCUUUGGUUGGGGGUCGGGACGGAGUGAAUCGUCCAGCCGUUAGAUUGUGUUAAUCAGGUAGAAAACUACAGUUUUUAGUCUUUAAAAGGAGCGCGUGCAGCGGACGGCGAUACCAAAAUGGUGACUUUGACUGCAGCUGUCAGACCGCUGGUGCCUCACCUUCGCCGACAGCUCGUUAGACACGGCAAGAGUCACCGGAUAACGCCCGUACGGAGAUGCAACCUCACGGCGUGCUCCAGCAAAUUUGUGCUGUCUCAAAUGCAUCCCAUGUGGCAGGGACCCCUUGCAGUACCAGGAGGAGACCGCCAGUCCCCCAUCGACAUCGUUGUGAGGAAGAGCAUCUUCGACAGCGAGCUCAAGCCGCUGGUCACCAGUUACGACCCGCGCACCUGCCAGCAAAUCUGGAACAACGGUUAUUCCUUUCUGGUGGAGUACGACGACACGACCGACAAGUCCACGCUAAAAGGAGGCCCCCUGAAAGACAAGUUCAGGCUCUGUCAGUUCCACUUCCACUGGGGGGAAACCAAUGCUUGGGGGUCGGAGCACACGGUGGACCGGAAGUUGUUCCCCGCAGAGCUGCAUCUGGUCCACUGGAACGCGGACAAGUACAGUCUGUUUGAGGAGGCGGUGAUGGAAGAUAACGGCCUGGCUGUUAUCGGAAUCUUCCUGAAGGUGGGGAAGAGACACGAGGGGCUGCAGAAGCUGGUGGACGCUCUGCCCGCUAUCAGACACAAGGACAGCGUGGUGGAGUUUAACCGUUUCGACCCCGCCUGUCUGCUGCCCACAAACACUGACAACUACUGGACGUACCACGGCUCCCUGACCACGCCCCCUCUGACGGAGUCCGUCACCUGGAUCAUCAUGAAGCAGCACAUUGAAGUCAGCCACGACCAGCUGGCAGUCUUCCGGAGCCUCCUGUUCACCUCCGCCGAGGAGGAGGCCCAGAAGAGCAUGGUGAACAACUUCCGCGUGCAGCAGCCCCUGCGGGGUCGCGCUGUGCGCUCCUCCUUCAUUCCCUUCCUGCAGGAGGACGACGAGCCGACGCCCUGAUGCGGCUCACAGUAACAAACACAGCAACCGUGCACAAACCCUGCCCACCCAAACUGAAACUGUUUUUUUUGCCCCACGGAUAAAGGGACGUCUGCUGUGUGACACAGACGAUACAAUGCCGCCGUUCAUCCUCAGUCGCGUGAGUUCCUACCUGCAGCUCUGCGACUUCCUGCGCCGAGCUGCAGGUAGAUCACAGCGCCCCCUGGUGGUGCUUUUAUCCUCAGAAGCUGUUAGUUUACGAGAUUUUAACAAACUGUUGUGACAGUGAAAUGCAAUGUAAAUCUAAAAUCUCUGAUUCCAGAAUGUUCUGGUCGUCUGUUACAAGGAGAUUAACUGUAGACACUAAACUUAGAGAGUUUUAACUGAUUUUUUAAAACGGACCGCACCGCUCUGAAAUAAACCCGAGUGCCUUCAGUGUUUGAGAGUUUCCCCUCCGGUGAAGGAGGCGUCUCAUCGCACAGCCUCAGUCUUUCAAUGGUUCUUCAUUCACUUUAGUCGUUCGUCAAACACUGUUUUUUUUAUUCUGCAGAUGAGGGUUUUUGCAGCUCAGAACAAGCAUUGCCUUAUCUCAAAGUGUUUUUGGUUCUGCUCACGUCCAGAGUGCAAACCAUACGGUGCUGCAAGCAAGAUGAGGGCGCUUCGGAGGAAAAACGGGGAGAUGAGCAGAUAAGGGAGGUUUGAAAAGACGGGACAAUCGCGUCGUGUCUGUCAGCGUUCAAAGCUCACAGUUGUAAAUCCCUCUAAAACAACAGCGCGAGACUCGAACGCCACCGAAACGUAAAAUCAACCCUAAAGAGGACGCAGGACGAUGUUUAUGUUCUAAAACGGAAUGAAAGAACUCCUCCCUGCCUUCACUCUCAUGAGCAACUCGUCUUCACCGGCUCAUCUAAAGCUGGUUCAUGCCUUUUAUUUAGUUAAAGCGCAGCUAACUUCAGGAAUGAAAAAUGCAAACUCUACACGUCGACCUCGUGGAGCUCGCACCCAUGUUUUAGCAGAUGGAUGUUGUGUAUCCUACAGACUGUUUGUUCAGUCUGCGGCCAACAUUCCUGCCCUGCAGGGUCCCACCGGGCCCCUUUUUCCUCCCAGCAUGCCUUGCUCCACCUGGAUUGGCUUUGAGAUCUCCAUCCAGCCGUUCGGCCAAUCGGCGAUCUGCUUCCCGUGACCCUCCUGCUUCCCACAGGGGGGAGCUGCAAACCACCCAUCCGUGAUGUAAAUAUGAUUUUAAAGAAACGUGACUUUUGUUGACUCAUUUAUAUCAAUAAACAUAUGUGAAGUUAAAGGAGA